CACAAACGACAUCAAGAUGACGAGUCAUACGACUGGCAGGAACAAAGACUAUAACAUGAGACUAAUCGACACCCUUUACAAUCAGGUCCCCGCAUUUACGGAUAUUUUCGACGAAGAAACAUGGUACAUCUUCGUAGGUUGCUUCGUAGCGGGUACAAUUGUAGUCACAUUUAUCUUAUCUAGAUUCAUAACAUUAAAACCUGUCGACUAAUUCCAUACGUCUCACAGAUACUCUGAAUUUUCUAAAGCCUCUGUCUAUCGAAUAAAUAUUUUCUAAACAAGC